CAAGCUUUGUGAUAGAAACGAGCGGAAGCGUGUCGGUCGUGUUUGGCUUGAGGUAACAAAGAAAGACACGUUUUAUCGCAGUGUUUUCUGCAGAGCAAUCGUUUCCGGAGCCAGAGGACCAGAAAGAAGCCGUCGGUGUUGGUGAGGCGCGGCUGCUUGUCGAGAAGAAGCUUCAUCCCCUCAAAGCUGCGGCUUCUUCUUGGGGUUUUGUAAGGUGAUUACGUCACCUGCCGCGCUCUGGGUUGUCGGCGACGUCACCCGGCUGUUGCUGCCUUGCUCCUGCCCCCUCUCUCCCUCUCUCUCCGAUGGCCGCCCCGCUCCCCCCGAAGCCGGGCUUGGCCGCCGCGGCCCCGGCCCCGGUUGCGGUCCCGCCGCAGGGCGCCCUGCGGGAGAUCUCCCCGGUGUUCCUGUGCAGGAUCGGGCAGGAGACCGUGCAGGACAUCGUCACCCGCACCAUGGAGAUCUUUCAGAUCGCCCGCGCCACGCAGCUUCCCAACGGAGUCAACCAGAGCCACGCUGUGUACCAGGACCGCUUCGGGAAGCUGCAGGAGCACCUGCGGCAGCUGGCUCUGCUCUUCCGGAAGCUUCGGCUGCUGUAUGAGCGUUGUGUGGAGAUGACCUCGGAUGUGCAGGAGGCACCAGCGGAGCUGCUGCCAUUUGUUGGAGAGGAGCUGGUUACUGUCAGAGUGGAGCCCUGCAGCCCUGCUGUCAACCAGGAGAGGCAGGAGGUUCUGGAGAUACGCCAGAAGAAUCAGGAGAUGAAGGUUCUGAUGGACCAGAUGAGGAACCUGCUAUGGGACGUCAACGCCAUGCUGACGCUCAGGAAGUGAACUUGACCAGCCUGAGGGUCAGAGGAGGGGGAGCCCGGACCUCAACCUCCAUCUCUGACCUUCCCAGAUAUCCUCUCGACCCAGAGGAGGCGGAACUCCUCCUGUUGGACGUGGACUUUGUUUUGCUUGAUAUAAGCUGUUGAGACGUCCAACAUGGCAGCUGCUGCAUGACUGUUCUUUCAGGGCAGUAUUCAGUUUCUAUGGUCAUGACAGGUACAGGUGAAUCUGAGCAGGUGACGGUCCAGGACAUGAUGAUGUUCCAAUAUCGCAGGUUCAAUCAUGGCAGCUACGUGUCUCAGGUGUUUCCACAGAAUUGUGUGUCUUAAUAUCAUUCCUGAGUGGGAGACCCGUCCACCCAGAGGUGGCGGAGGUGAGCCGGACGCUCCUUUUCUUUUUAGUGUUUUGGAACUUGAAGUUUGUAAACUGUUGUUAUGGCAUCCCAGAUCUCUAUAUUUCAUUUUAAAUACAUUUUUCUAAAUUAAUUAAACAUUUGCAAUGUUGUUUUUUCCCCCCACUGUAAAGUGUCUGACCCACAGUUCACCCUCUACUGACCACCAGGGUCUGGAUGCAACAGUGAGUUAAUCUCCAAUGAGCUCAGUGUUAAAAUGUCCAACUUUUAAAAUAGAAAUAAACAUAUUUACAGUCUAGUUUAGAAGCAGGUUUGUCACCAUAGUUAGAGUUCACAUCCAUGACAGCUGUGUGGGAUGAUUUAAAUGUACCUCAUCAGCUAAACUAAUACACAAAAUAACAUGUCAUCACUUCAGCUUUGUAAAUUAAGACCUUAAGGACAUAAUACUUGUUUUGAUGAGAAUGUGUCUUCUGCAGUUAACGGUACCUGCAGAGCUCUGAGACCAAUCCUGGGCUGGUCUGGAAGGAGUGCGUGAAAUAUAAGAAAAAUAAUGGGAGAAAAAACCAAACGUUUUAUC